AUGAUUGAAAAUCAGACCAAUCAGGAAGGAAAUUGGACCGAAGCCGAUCUCAUGAAGUUAAAAACAUUCGUGAACCAACUUGAACAUUCAGAAAAAAUUAUACUUAUUUUUAUUGCCGUCUUCACAAUUCUUGGAAACACUUUGGUUUUGGUUGCGACAUGGAGAGAAAGAAGUCUUCAUCAACCAAAUAAAUAUUUCAUCGCUUGUCUGGCUGUCGCUGAUCUUUUGGUUGGUUUGUUUUUAGCACCAAUAAAGGCGUACAAACUGGAUCUCCGUGUACGGCAACGAACGAUGUCAAUCCAUCUGUGCCGUUUUGUUGUGUGGAUUGAUACCUUUGCGUUAACAACAUCUAUUUACACCCUAACAUUCAUCAGUUUUGACCGAUAUCUCAAAAUCAGCAAACCACUUCAGUAUAUGACCCGAAUGACAACUUCCACAUCACUGAAAUUAAUUUUCAUUAUUGUUUUCAUUUCAUCUUGCAUUGCCAGCUACGCAGCCACACCACGUUCAGGAAGCAUCGGAAUCCUAUUUUCUGGAGCAAGUUCUUGCUCUGAGGCUGACUUUGAUCAAACGAAAUCUUUUUAUACCUUUAUGAUAAUUGGCAUGUUCUUUGUCCCCACUGGAGUCAUAGCGGUCAUGUACGUUCUAAUUUUUCUCGUGGCGCAUAAGCGACAAAAAAUGCGGCGAAAUGGUGAACUGGGCCAAACUCGAAGCCAAAGAACGGCGCUUUAUGAAGACCUGAAAGUUAUCAAAAUGUUGAUGAUCGUUGUGGGUGUAUUCAUAAUUUGUUGGGGUCCCAACAUUAUUUGGGUCAUACUUCACUACCAUUUUCCGAAUCUUCUUUACACGAAUUCCCGUUCAAUACACCACAACUAUCGGAUGUUUACAAUUAGAAUGGUCUUCAGCAUCCUCCCGCUGUUCAACAGUCUGUGCAAUCCUAUUAUUUACGCCUUUCUCGACCGAAAAUACAAGGAAGCUUUCAAACAUCUAUUUAGGCGUUGCAUCCAUCGGCCAAUUUCAAUAAGACCACAAGCACCGAACUCAAUAGAGUUACCUCGAUCGAGGAACCCUGGACCAAGGUGA